AACGCCGCAGGCUUCCGGCGAGAAUUUUCAUAAUAUCCAGACUGCACUGGCAACACUGGUCAGCCAUUUGUUUGGUCUAUGUCCUGUGUACUGAGAUUGUGCUACGAUCGUCAAUUAGUGGUUUUCUUUUCAGAUUUAACCAUUUUCAGCUGAAUAGUUCAGCAAAAUGGAUCAGAUAACGCCUAAAGAGGUGAAAAUCCUUGAAACUGCGGUUGACAUCCAGGAACGGCGAGAACAAGUCCUAACUCGCUAUACCGACUUCAAGACAGAAGCUCGUUUCAAGCGUGAAAAGCUUGAGGAUUCUCGCAGAUUUCAGUAUUUUAAGAGAGAUGCCGAUGAACUCGAAUCAUGGAUUCAUGAGAAGAUACAAGCUGCCUCAGAUGAGAGCUACAAAGAUCCAACUAACCUUCAGGCAAAAAUUCAAAAGCAUCAGGCGUUUGAAGCUGAAGUAGCCGCUCAUAGCAAUGCCAUCGUCACUCUUGACAAUACCGGAAUGGAAAUGAUCAACCAAGAGCAUUUUGCGGCUGAAAUCAUUUCGAAGCGUCUUGAGGAACUCCAUCGCUUAUGGGAAUUGCUGUUGGCUCGUCUGGCUGAGAAGGGCGUGAAAUUGCAGCAAGCACUUCUGUUGGUUCAGUUCUUGCGACAAUGUGAUGAAGUUAUGUUCUGGAUCACUGAUAAGGAAGCAUUCGUGAACUCGGAGGAGUUCGGGCAUGAUUUAGAGCACGUGGAAGUGCUGCAGCGCAAAUUCGACGAGUUCCAGAAGGACAUGGCGUCGCAGGAGUACCGAGUGACGGAGGUGAACGAGGCGGCCGACAAGCUGAUGUUGGACGGACAUCCGGAGCGCGACACCAUCGGCCAGCGCAAGGAGGGCCUACUGGAGGCCUGGGCUCGCCUCAAGCAGUUGGCCCUCAUGCGCCAGGAGAAGCUGUUCGGCGCACACGAGAUCCAGCGCCUCAACCGCGACGCCGACGAAACCGUCGCCUGGAUUGCCGAGAAGGACGUCGUCCUUUCAUCCGACGACUACGGACGCGACCUGGCCACCGUCCAAACCCUCCAGAGGAAGCACGAGGGCGUGGAACGUGACCUGGCCGCCCUCGAGGACAAAGUCACCACCCUGGGCAACGAGGCUGAACGCCUGUGCGGCAUCCACGCUGAUCACGCCGAGCAGAUCCAAGCCAAACGCGCUGAGAUUGUCGCCUACUGGGAGAGACUGACCGCCAAGGCCAAGGAACGCCGUCAAAAGCUCGAUGAAUCCUACUAUCUCCACAGAUUCCUCGCUGAUUUCCGUGACCUCAUCUCUUGGAUCAAUGACAUGAAGGCAAUCAUCUCAGCUGAUGAGUUGGCUAAAGAUGUGGCCGGAGCCGAAGCGUUGAUCGAACGCCAUCAAGAGCACAAGGGAGAGAUCGAUGCUCGUGAGGAUAGCUUCAGAAGCACUGCCGAAGCUGGGCAGGCUUUGUUGCAGAGGGAGCAUUAUGCCUCUGAGGAGGUCAAGGAGAAACUGGUGGGGCUUGCUUCUGAGAAAACAUCCCUGUUGUCCAUCUGGGAGGAACGUCGUAUUUUGUACGAGCAGUGUAUGGAUUUGCAGUUGUUCUACAGAGAUACUGAACAAGCUGACACUUGGAUGGCUAAGCAGGAAGCUUUCCUCGCCAAUGAGGACCUGGGUGAUUCGUUGGACUCUGUUGAGGCACUGAUCAAGAAGCAUGAAGACUUUGAGAAGUCUCUAGCCGCACAAGAGGAGAAAAUCAAGGCGCUGGAUGAGUUUGCGACAAAACUGAUUGAAGGACAACAUUAUGCGGCUGAUGAUGUCGCCCAGAGGCGUGCUUCGCUCUUGGAGCGUCGUUCUGCCCUCUUGGAGAAAUCUUCAGAACGCAGAGCUAUCUUGGAGGAUUCCUACAGACUGCAACAGUUCGAGAGGGAUUGCGAUGAGACCAAGGGGUGGAUCAACGAGAAGUUGAAGUUUGCUAACGAUGACAGCUACCUGGAUCCCACUAACCUCAAUGGAAAGGUUCAGAAACAUCAGAAUUUCGAACAAGAAUUGAACGCCAACAAGUCCCGUAUGGAAGAGAUAACAUCUACAGGACAGGAGUUGAUUGAAAGCAACCAUUAUGCUUCAUCCCGCAUCCAGUCCCGUAUGGACGAGAUUGUUCAACUGUGGGAGAACCUUGUUGUUGCCACCGAUAAGAAGGGAUCCAAACUGCAGGAAGCAUCCCAACAACAACAGUUCAACAGAACCGUUGAAGAUGUUGAAUUAUGGUUGUCUGAAAUUGAAGGUCAACUGUUGAGUGAAGAUUAUGGAAAAGAUUUGACAAGUGUGCAGAAUCUACAGAAGAAGCAUGCGCUACUUGAAGCUGACGUCGGUUCCCAUCAGGAUAGAAUCGAGAGUAUCAGAGUUGCUGCUCAACAGUUCGUGGAGAGGGGACAUUUUGAUGCCGAUAACAUCAAGACUAAGAAAGAUGCCGUCACUGAUAGGUACGCUGGUCUUCAGCAACCGAUGAGCGUGAGGAAACAGCGCUUGUUGGAUUCCCUACAAGUUCAACAAUUGUUCAGAGAUAUUGAAGACGAGGAAGCAUGGAUUCGUGAGAAGGAACCGGUUGCUGCUUCAACCAAUCGUGGCAGAGAUCUGAUCGGAGUUCAAAAUCUGAUGAAGAAACAUCAAGCAGUUUUGGCCGAAAUCAACAACCAUGAGAGUCGCAUCGGAAUGGUGUCACAAUCUGGCCAGCAAAUGAUCGAUGACGGACAUUUCGCUUCGGAUGAAAUCAAGGUCAGAACUGGCAAUCUGAACGACCACUGGAAUCAGUUGAAAGAUAAAGCUGUGCAACGUAAGCAGGAUUUGGAAGACUCGUUGCAGGCUCAUCAAUACUUCGCCGACGCUAAUGAGGCGGAGUCCUGGAUAAAAGAGAAGGAGCCCAUGGUGCGUAAUACUGAUUACGGAAAGGAUGAGGAUUCGUCCGAGGCACUCCUGAAGAAGCAUGAGGCGUUGGUGUCUGAUUUGGAGGCGUUCGGUAACACCAUCAAGGGUCUCCGCGAACAGGCACAAGCCUGCAGACAGCAGGAAACGCCUGUCAUCGACGUGACCGGCAAGGAAUGUGUUGUAGCUCUCUACGACUACACCGAGAAGUCCCCUCGUGAGGUUUCGAUGAAGAAGGGCGACGUUCUAACUCUGUUGAACUCCAACAACAAAGACUGGUGGAAGGUUGAAGUGAACGACCGCCAGGGUUUUGUCCCCGCUGCUUACGUGAAGAAAAUGGAAGCUGGUUUGACUGCUUCUCAGCAGAAUCUUGCUGACAGUAGUUCGAUUGCUGCCAGACAGAACCAGAUAGAAACUCAGUAUGAUCAGCUGUUGGCUCUGGCCAGAGAACGCCAGAACAAGUUGAAUGAAACUGUGAAAGCCUAUGUCCUGGUACGAGAGGCUGCUGAACUAGCCACUUGGAUCAAAGAAAAGGAGAAUCACGCUCAAGUGCAGGAUGUCGGCGAAGACUUGGAGCAGGUGGAGGUGAUGCAGAAGAAGUUCGACGACUUCCAGUCGGACCUGAAGGCGAACGAAGUGAGGCUGGCUGAGAUGAACCACAUCGCCAUGCAGCUCAUGAGUCUCGGACAGACAGAGGCCGCACUCAAGAUCCAGACCCAAUUGCAGGACCUGAACGACAAGUGGAGCGGGCUGCAGCAGCUGACACAGGAGCGCGCCACCCAGCUGGGCUCGGCGCACGAGGUGCAGCGCUUCCACCGCGACGUGGAUGAGACCAAGGACUGGAUCCAGGAGAAGGACGACGCACUCAACAACGAUGACCUCGGAAAGGACCUGCGCACAGUGCAGGCCUUGCAGCGCAAGCACGAGGGCCUUGAGCGCGAUCUGGCCGCCCUCGGCGAUAAGAUCAAGCAACUGGACGAAACGGCGAACCGGUUGAUGCAGACCCACCCAGACACAGCCGAGCAGACGUACGCGAAGCAGCGCGAGAUCAACGAGGAGUGGACGCAGCUGACGGCCAAGGCCAACCAGCGCAAGGAGCGGCUGCUCGACUCGUACGACCUGCAGCGCUUCCUCAGCGACUACCGCGACCUCAUGUCCUGGAUCAACUCCAUGAUGGGCCUUGUCUCCUCGGACGAGCUCGCCUCAGAUGUCACUGGCGCCGAGGCGCUGCUCGAGAGACAUCAGAGCCAUCGUGCCGAGAUAGAUUCGCAUUAUGGGGUGCCGCCUCAGGAACAUCGCACUGAGAUCGAUGCAAGAUCUGGAACCUUCCAAGCCUUCGAACUGUUUGGCCAGCAGCUGCUUCAGUCCGGCCAUUACGCCAGCGUUGAAAUUCAAGAGAAACUUGAAAGUAUGACCGAGGCUCGCCAGGAGCUUGAAAAGGCGUGGAUUGCUCGUCGCAUGCAGCUUGACCAAUGCCUGGAGCUGCAGCUGUUCUACAGAGACUGUGAGCAGGCAGAGAACUGGAUGUCAGCCAGGGAGGCCUUCCUCGCCGCAGAGGAGGUCGACUCCAAGGGCGACAACGUCGAGGCCCUCAUCAAGAAGCACGAGGACUUCGACAAGGCCAUCAAUGCUCAUGAAGAGAAGAUAGCGGCGCUGCAAACGCUGGCCGAUCAGCUGAUGGCGGCCAAGCACUACGCGUCGCAGCAGAUCGACGACAAGCGUCGCCAGGUGCUGGACAGGUGGCGUCACCUGAAGGACGCCCUCAUCGAGAAGCGGUCGCGUCUCGGCGAGUCGCAGACGCUGCAGCAGUUCAGCCGCGAUGCCGACGAAAUGGAGAACUGGAUCGCCGAGAAGUUGCAGCUGGCCACUGAGGAGAGCUACAAGGACCCAGCCAACAUUCAGUCGAAGCACCAGAAGCACCAGGCGUUCGAGGCAGAGCUGGCCGCCAAUGCUGACCGCAUCCAGAGUGUACUUGCCAUGGGCCAGAACCUCAUCGACACCCACCAGUGCGCCGGCUCUGAGGAAGCUGUACAGGCUCGCCUAGCCUCGAUUGCAGACCAAUGGGAGUACCUGACUCAGAAGACAACCGAGAAGUCGCUGAAGCUGAAGGAGGCUAACAAGCAGCGCACCUACAUCGCGGCCGUCAAGGACCUCGACUUCUGGCUGGGCGAAGUGGAGAGUCUGCUCACCUCCGAAGACUCGGGCAAGGACCUCGCCUCGGUGCAGAACCUCAUCAAGAAGCAUCAGCUGGUUGAAGCCGACAUCAAUGCCCACGACGAUCGUAUCAAAGACAUGAACUCGCAGGCGGACUCGCUGAUCGAGUCGGGUCAGUUCGACGCGGCGAGCAUCCAGGAGAAGCGGCAGUCGAUCAACGAGCGCUACGAACGAAUUAAGAAUCUGGCCGCGCACCGCCAAGCCAGGCUCAACGAGGCCAACACCCUCCACCAGUUCUUCCGCGACAUUGCCGACGAGGAGUCCUGGAUCAAGGAGAAGAAGCUGUUGGUUGGUUCUGAUGAUUACGGCAGAGAUUUGACCGGAGUUCAGAACCUGAAGAAGAAGCACAAGCGUCUGGAAGCUGAGUUGGCGUCCCACGAGCCAGCCAUACAGGCUGUCCAGGAAGCUGGCGAAAAACUCAUGGAUGUGUCCAAUUUGGGAGUGCCAGAAAUUGAGCAGAGAUUGAAGCUGCUGAACCAGGCCUGGGCCGAGUUGAAACAAUUGGCUGCCACCCGUGGACAGAAACUGGAGGAGUCUCUCACCUACCAACAGUUCCUUGCUAAAGUUGAAGAGGAAGAAGCAUGGAUCAGUGAGAAGCAGCAACUGCUAUCGGUGGAGGACUACGGGGACACAAUGGCGGCAGUGCAGGGUCUGCUGAAGAAGCACGACGCCUUCGAGACGGACUUUGCGGUGCACCGCGACCGCUGCGCAGACAUCUGCAACGCAGGCGCCAAGCUCACCGAAGCCAGCAACCACCACUCAGACAGCAUCGCGCAGCGUUGUCAACAAUUGCAGAACAAGCUAGACCUGCUGUCGGCGCUGGCAUCGCGACGCAAGGCGCGCCUGAUGGACAACUCGGCCUACCUGCAGUUCAUGUGGAAGGCAGAUGUGGUCGAGUCGUGGAUCGCAGACAAGGAGACGCAUGUGCGAUCGGACGAGUACGGACGCGACCUAUCCACUGUGCAGACGCUGCUCACCAAGCAGGAAACUUUCGAUGCCGGUUUGCAUGCAUUUGAGCACGAAGGCAUCCAGAACAUCACAGCUUUGAAGGAUCAGCUGUUGGCGGCCAAUCACGAUCAGACCGAAGCAAUCAAGAAGCGUCACGCUGACGUCAUCUCCAGAUGGCAGAAACUGUUGGGCGACUCGGACGCGCGAAAGCAGCGCCUGCUGCGUAUGCAGGAACAGUUCCGUCAGAUCGAGGAGUUGUACCUGACGUUCGCGAAGAAGGCGUCGGCGUUCAACUCGUGGUUCGAGAACGCCGAAGAGGACCUCACUGACCCAGUUCGCUGCAACUCCAUCGAGGAGAUUCGCGCACUGCGUGACGCGCAUGCGCAGUUCCAGGCCUCACUGUCAUCUGCGCAGGCUGACUUCGAGGCAUUGGCCGCGCUAGAUCAGCAGAUCAAGAGCUUCAAUGUCGGACCCAACCCCUACACCUGGUUCACCAUGGAGGCGCUCGAGGACACCUGGCGCAACCUGCAGAAGAUUAUCAAGGAACGUGACAUUGAACUGGCCAAGGAGGCUCAGAGGCAAGAGGAGAAUGACAAACUCAGAAAGGAGUUCGCCAAACACGCCAACGCUUUCCACCAGUGGCUCACAGAAACAAGAACAUCCAUGAUGGAAGGAUCAGGCUCAUUGGAACAACAGCUUGAAGCAACUAAGAGAAAAGCAGGUGAGGUGCGGUCACGGCGGUCGGACCUGAAGAAGAUUGAGGACCUGGGUGCAAUUCUGGAGGAGCACCUGAUCCUGGACAACCGAUACACGGAGCACAGCACAGUGGGGUUGGCUCAGCAGUGGGACCAGCUCGACCAGCUGGGCAUGCGCAUGCAGCACAACCUCGAGCAGCAGAUACAGGCCAGGAACCAGUCUGGCGUGAGCGAAGAUGCUCUGAAGGAGUUCUCGAUGAUGUUCAAGCACUUCGACAAGGACAAGAGUGGCCGCCUGGACAAGGCCGAGUUCAAGUCCUGUCUGCGGGCGCUCGGCUACGACCUGCCCAUGGUUGAGGAGGGCCAGUACGACCCCGAGUUCGAAGCAAUCCUCGAUGUAGUAGACCCCAACAGAGACGGUUAUGUGUCUCUGCAAGAGUACAUGGCCUUCAUGAUCAGCAAAGAAACCGAAAAUGUCCAGAGCUCAGAAGAAAUUGAGAAUGCCUUCAGAGCUAUUACAGCUGGAGAUAAGCCUUAUGUCACCAAAGAAGAGCUAUAUGCUAACCUGACAAAGGAGAUGGCCGACUACUGCGUGGCCAGAAUGAAGCCUUACGUCGACCAAAAGACGGAGCGACCGAUCGCCGGCGCACUCGACUACAUUGACUUCACUCGCACUCUCUUCCAAAAUUAGAUGUAGCUAACAUAAGAGAAUAAUGAUGCAUUCAGAAUGCACCGCCUCUUCCUUUUCUCAUCGCUCGCCUUGUCAUGCAAACUAACGUCUCAUUAUUCUAAUAUUGUUGCGUUUUCUAGAUAACGUCAUCUUCAAUCAAAUCGUCUAGUUUUACUAGAAUAUUUGACGUUACACGCAACUUUUCGUUAAUGUCACGUUAAGCGAAAACUUCACGAACGAAUACACUAGUUUGGUCGAGUGUGAUAGUAUUUUACCUUCUACUUAGAUUAUAUACUAUGAGAGUAUUUAACAAUUUAUCAUAUAUAUUUAUUUAUUAUUUGUUGAGUGAUUUAGAGCCUAUUAUUAUAUAACUGCCAGCUUUUGAAGUGUAAGUCCUGUUGCAUUUUGGUACAUCCUUGAAAACAUUCAAUGGAACUUGUAAACUUUCAAGCAUUGAAGCACCGUUGAUAAAAUUAUAAAAUUGUUUCCUAUCUUCAAGCUAUGUUUGAGAAGAAACUAAGGUUAGUUUGACAUCAAUCAAAUUUGACUCCUCAAUUCGAUUGAUUGAUGAAAAAUCAAUCGUUUUUGAUGGAGUUGUUUUCGUUUAUGUAUUUUUCAUAUAUUCGUUGUCUCAAGAAAUCAAAUAACAAUAUAGAAUUUGUUUUUUAUCUGAGAAAAAUCUUACGUUCAAAUGAUGAUGAUUUGAUAGCUUGAAUAUAAUCUUGAUCCAUUGGUAAUGAAUAAAUCUAGUGAGUGAAACAUAGUUUAAUCCAUAAACUGAUGUAAUUCUAGGUAAAAAGCAAUAAUUUCUGAUAUUUCAAUUGACAUGGUCAAUAUUCCCUUUUUCAACAGUUAGCUUAUGAAUGUGGGUGGUAAGCAAUCGCUAUUGUUUGCUUACUUAAACUGAUGCGUUAACUUGAAAUUAAAUAACUUGACUAUAUUACAACAGUACUUUUAGAAAUAUUUUUCUUUGUAAAUUCCUGGUUGAAGUCACAUAAUUACAGAUUUUUGAGCUACUAUCUCAUUUAUUCUUAUGGAUUUGAUAAGAAUCCAUUGGCCGCUUCAAGAAAAAAUAUGCCUUGGGACGUUACUGUUUAUUUGUAAAUGCAUAAAAGUUUUAUUUUUGUGACUUGAAAUGAUAAUCAAAUGUAGAUCUAAUGCACAGCAUUUUUAUAUUUUUCAUUGAUUCAUUUCAUAAUUAAUUUUUGCAUGUCAUAUUUAUUCAAUUUAAUUGGAAUUAAAGUCUUAUUUACAAAGUUGUAUUGUUAUAUAAAACUAGACCACAUAAACAGUGUUGAAUUUUCAAAUGAUAGUUUUAAAAACAAGAAGUAUAACUACUAUUAUUGGAUGAUUUUCUUCUUUUCCUUUUGACGAACUCUUCAAGUGAAUUGGUAGAAUUCCUGAGGCGAUUCGGACUCAAUAAGCAGCACCGGUACAAAUGCUUGAUGUACGAUUCUUUGACGUCACCAAUAAAUUUGACAGCUAUGCUUAUUAUCAUUAUCUUGGAUAGCUUUCAAUUAUUUUAGUAGACUUUUCCCCGACAGAUUAUUGUAUUAUGAGAGACUAAUUUGAAUAGAAUAUUUUCUUAUCAUACUUAUCCUGUUUUCAAUUUUAUAGUUUUAUAAUCAUGUAUGACUUACAAACAUAAAGUUAAGAGUUAUAUUUUCUAUAUGUUGACAAGAUUCUAAUUUCUGGAGCUCAGUAUUCAAUUUCAAAGUCCAUUGAAUUAAAUCUUACAGCUUUUAAAAUGGUGAUUAGGUAGCUUG